AAUGUAUGUAUGAUGAUGACCAGUUGCACUAAACCGGAAUUGGAUGAAGGACAUGAGAAAUUUAUGUAUUCCAGCUUUAUGGGGCAAUUAUGCAAUGAAACAGCCUUCUUUUUAAACUCGAUUUUAGUUGGGCCGGAAUACACAACACAUCAGAAAAAUACUGGCAACAAGCCCAAAUACCCUAUUGAGUUUGAUCAAUUGGAAAUAUCCAGGAAAUAUGUCCCAGCAAAACAGCAUGCAUCUGCGAGCAAGAGCCCUUCUAGUUCUUCGGUCCAUGGUGGCUCACAAGAUUAUCAGCGAGAGAGGGAUAAGAUCAUAGCAAUGCCAGGCCAGAUGGAGGAAGCGGAAUUCACACAAUAUGCAGGAUAUGUCACGGUGGAUGCAAAUGCUGGAAGGGCUUUGUUCUACUAUUUUGCUGAGGCUCCUCAAGAUCCUUCCAAGAAACCACUAGUCCUAUGGAUGAAUGGAGGCCCUGGUUGUUCAUCCUUUGGAGCUGGAGCCAUGCUAGAACUUGGACCCUUCUCUGUCCACAGUGAUAACAAGACACUGUACAAGAAAAAACAUGCUUGGAACACAGUAGCAAAUAUGCUGUUUGUUGAGAUCCCAGCCGGUGUUGGGUACUCAUACUCCAACACGACAAGAGACUAUCACAACACUGGUGACAAAAGAAGCACAGAUGAUGCGUACACCUUCCUUGUCAAUUGGCUGGAGAGAUUUCCCGAGUACCGAGACCGUGAUUUCUUCAUAACCGGCGAGAGUUAUGCUGGUCACUAUGUACCAGAGCUAGCUAAUUUGAUUAUUUCUAACAACAGAGCCAGAGGCGCGACUAAUGUCAAGCUUAAAGGUGUUGCUAUCGGCAACGCAGACUUGCAAUACAAUUUGACUCUAAGAGCGACAUUUGACUACUUCUGGAUGCAUGCUAUGAUUUCUGGAAAAACCUACAGAGCUGUACAGGCCAACUGUGGCUUCAACGGGACAUAUACUAAAGAUUGUGAUAAUGCCAUGAACUUGGCCAUAAAGGAGAAGGGUAAUGUUGAUGACUACAGCAUCUAUGCACCAAUAUGCCGUGAUGCCUCCAGUCCUCUCAGAUCAAGUGACCCGGUGGUGUUCGGUGAUCCCUGCACAAAUCACUAUGUCUCAUCUUAUCUAAAUCGUCCUGAGGUCCAAAGAGCCCUACACGCAAACACCACAGGGUUGAAAUACCCAUGGACGGAUUGCAGUCAACUUGUAUUCGAUAACUGGAAAGAUGCACCGGAGACCGUGCUGCCAUCGAUCAGGAAACUCAUUUCAAGUGGCACAAGGAUAUGGCUGUACAGUGGUGAUAUGGAUGCAGUAUGUUCUGUGACCUCGACCCAAUACGCACUGGACAUUCUUGACCUGCCCACAGAAACAUCUUGGCGCCCAUGGCGCGUCAACAAUGAGGUUGCCGGCUAUGUGGUUGGGUACAAGGGCCUGGUGUUUGCAACAGUCAAAGGAGCAGGGCACAUGGUCCCUUACUAUCAGCCCCACAGGGCCCUAGCGCUAUUCUCAUCCUUCCUCGAAGGAAAGCUUCCGCCACAAUGAUCUAAUUGUUAGGGAUAAAUUAGCACAUCUCUAUUGUAAAACGACGUUAGCAAAGUCCAACCCCAAGAAGUCGCUUCCCUUCUCUCUCUUAACAUGUAAAUGUCAUCCUUUGGAUGCAUUCCCGCAGACAUGCAUAUAUAUAUCCUUUGUAUCAGUGAAAUCGAUGAUGCUUGAUCA